AUGACUAUCGAUACUGAUCCACAUUCAGUCUAUCAAAAGGAAACGGAGAAACAAAUUCAAAAGAACGUAGAUCAUUUAUGUUCGUUGAAUCAUCCUGGGUGUCAGAUUACAUUCCCAGUGGAACCUCAAAACCCAUUACCUACACCAGAUGAUAAUAUGCGUGUCUUUUUCUUUGAUAUCGAUAAUUGUCUAUACAAAUCUUCCAGUAAAAUCCAUGAUUUGAUGCAAGUUUCUAUUGUGAAUUACUUUAAAAAUACUCUGAAUAUAACUGAUGAAGAAGCUCAUCAAUUAAACAAUACUUAUUACAAAGAAUAUGGUCUUGCCAUCCGUGGGCUAGUAAUGUUCCAUGGUAUUAACGCUUUAGAAUAUAACAAACUGGUUGAUGAUUCUUUACCGUUACAAGAUAUAUUGAAACCUAAUGUUGAAUUAAGAGAAAUGCUUUUAAAAUUGAAAAAAAGUGAGAAAUUUGAUAAAUUAUGGUUAUUUACUAACGCUUAUAAGAAUCAUGGUAUUAGAGUAAUUAAAUUAUUGGGACUCGGUGAUAUAUUUGAUGGUAUAACGUAUUGUGAUUAUUCCCAGACGGAUACUUUGGUAUGUAAACCAAAUCCACAAGCUUUUGAAAGAGCUAUGGCACAAUGUGGUCUUGGAAAUUAUGAGAAUGCUUGGUUUAUCGAUGAUAGUGGUAGUAAUAUACAUCAAGGGUUAAAAUUAGGUAUGCAUCAAUGUGUUCAUGUGGUAGAAAAUGAAGUUAAUGAAAUUUUAGGGAAAACACCUGAUGGUUCAAUAGUCAUUAGAGAUAUAUUAGACUUACAAACUGUUGUACCUCAUUUAUUUUGUAAUGAUCAUUAA